AUGGAAAUUGAACCUUUAGAAGUGAAUACUCUAUCGAAUGAAAUCAGCAUUAACGAUGUAAAUAUGCCUAAUAAUACGACAACACCUAUUGAUGCAAGUAAUUCUGAUAGUGCAAUGGAAUCGGGAUGUGCGGCUUUGCAGCCGUCAGCAAGGCAGAAUGCAGAAUCUCAUCUGCAGACUCGUGCUGAAACACUAAUGGAGGCAACCACUACUGGAACUAAUGUUGCUCCUAUUGCUGCCAAUCUAAACUCAGAUCCAAAACAGCACAUAGAUGAUACAUCCACGUUCAAAGAUCAUUGCUCUGAAGCUAUGCAAAGAGUUGAUCCGUUAAAGUCUUCAAGUCUUUUUCGAGGUCCAAUGACUCCACCCGGUGAGCCGGUCGCCUCAGUGGUGCAGCAAACAAAUCCGGCUCCGAACAACAAUCAUCCAACUGAUGAAAAUUGUGUUUCGUCAUCCGGUGACGUUGUUGUGGCUGCGAACGAAAUGCUCAAUCCUGCUGAGCCGUGUUCUGAUGAUGUGAUGAUCCCGGCAAGCAGUUCCGCUUCAAUGACUUCGCCCGAAAUUGUCGAUCGUCGUCACGUUGAAUCAAAUAUCCCAGUGUCCGUUCAAAAAGACGUGUUACGAGAAUCCACGCGAUCACAGUCACAGUCUCAUGAAUAUCGUCCAAAUUCCGCUCUACCAUCGUCGACUACAACCACCACAACAACAAUGACGCACGCAAAUAGUGAAUCUAAAGUUCUUUCAUCUGCAUCUCCAUCAAACAGCAACAGUAUUAUCACUUCUGAUGUAUCGCACUCAUUCAAUGCCACAAAAAUAACUUCCGUCCAAACAUCGUCGAAUUGUCGUGAAUCAGAAGGUGAAAUGAACGGCAUCGAUCCAGCUCAAAAAUCGAGUGAUCAUAUUGAACCAAGUAAAAAUGAUAAAGCAUUCAACGAGAGUCGUGAGGUACAUGAUGCAAAGCGAAAAUUCCGAAUAGUUGGAUUGACAUUCCCCGGAAAAUGGAUGAAUCACGAGAGGUUGAUGGAAAUAUUCGUCAAAAGUGAAUCGUUCCAUAUUUGGUUUGACAAAGCUGAGAAAGGUGGUAUAAAGAGUGGUGGUGUCAGUGUUGUAUUCGAAAAUGCCGAAGAGGCAAAGAUGGCGUUUGGAAAUCUGCAGAAAAUGACACUCGAUGGUGCACCCUUCAAGCUUCAGGCAUCGAGACAUUUUUAUGUUGUUUUGGGGGGAUAUAUUCUAUUUAUGCAAUUUGAGAUUGUGUUCCGAAGUGCUGAUGAGGCGAAUGAUGCACGUAUUGAAUUGGCCGAUGGUUUUGAGAUCGAUGAAGGCGAUCGGCAAUCAACCAUGGUAUUACUAACAGCUGAAGAGUAUUUGGCUUAUAUGAAAGAGGCCAGUGAAAAAUUAGCCGCAAAGGCCGUAUAUGCUGCACCGUCAACAUCACAACGCGUUCCCUCCUCGUCGUCCAGUUCGAAUCGUCAAUCGAACGCGUCACCAAGCCAAACCGCAUUGCUUUCUCCUCGUUCAGCUGACAAUAAUCUAUUUUCUCAUUCAACACCAAUCCCAACAACACUGCCACAAAACAUUCCAUCGAGUAGUGAUAAUGCGGUGGUCAUGUCGACUGACUCUCAUCCAACCAAUGCACCACCGCCAUCAAUUCAGCAAUCCACUGCGUCCAUUCAGUUCACACCCGCGCCUGAAAUGACCGUUGAGGAUGUCUGUGAAUACCUUCAGAAGUAUAUUGAUGAAACGCGUAUAAAUUGGGGUGAACUGAGCGAGGUUGAUGAACUCUGGAAAAUAUGUGACGACGUUAGUCAGGAGCAUAGAGGAAUACCGGAUUUUUUGCUGAAACCAGCACUGUUGAAUAUUUUGGAAUUACAUCAACGGUCGUUGCCAAAUCAUUGGUUGAGACAGCACGUUGAUAAACUUAUUGGAAUGUGGAAACCUGAAGUGCAAAAAACGAAAUCAGCGCCUCGUCCGAACGCUUACAUAUUGAGUGCAGUCGAUUAUACACCAUCGGCACUGUCAUCAUCGUCGAACCCUAAACGAUAUUCCCAACAGACUGAUGCGAAAAAGCGUACGUUAGCGAUGAUGAUGGGUAUGGGUGCAAUGCUGAACGCAGCUCGAUCGAAGUUGGUCACAGAAGAGGGUGAAGUGGACAUUGACGAAGAUGAAUAUGGUAAUUAUACGAUUGAUGGACAACCGUUAACGUUCGAUUCAUGGGCCGAAUUGACGAAACAACCUACUGAGUCGAGCGCUCCUACUGAAGCACCUGCCCCGGCAGCUAAACCGAUGAUGAUGAUUGCACCCAAAUACCGCAAGAUUAGGUUCGCUUGUUCAUUGGUUUUUCGUUGA